UUUACCGAUUACAUCUUCCCCUUUCUCUCUCCCUCCUUUCUCAGUUCUCAGUAAGCUUAUGAAACUUCUCCUUCUUCCAUUUUUCUCUGCAAAUGAAUCCCAAGAAACCUCCCAAGCCCCCUUUUUUUUAUUACCUUUUUUACCUUUUUCACCUACUUCUACACCACUAAACUAACUUUCUGUAGACAACCAACCAAACCAAAGCAAUAGGCAAAGCUUCCAAGUGGUUCGCAGGACACUCGGCCUCAAAAAACCCGACCCCCAUAACCAACCCUCCCAUAAAGGCAAACGGCGUUGGAGUUUCGUCAAAUCCUACUGUGAAAAGGAAUCCUCCACGAACGGUAAUGUAAAGUUGCCGUGGUCAUCUCAGCAAAACGGGCGUCUGCGGCAAUAGAAAGGAAAGGGAACAGUGAAGUAAAACAUAAUUAUGCUUUUGAAUGAAGAAAGAUUACCUGGAAAUUUUUUAAGCGAAAAACCAUAUAAGAUAGCAGAUUAGAUCACAUUUGAAAAAUGAAAACUUGAGGGAUUAGUGGUGAAAAAAAUGAAAAUCAUGAAGAAAUACCAAUUUCACAUGGCAAGACAUGUGAUUUGCCCAUCUCCAAACAAGAGGGUCAGCAUUACGUUCUCUUUUAGCUGGUGAAGUUGCUUUUGAUUGCCCACUUCUUAUGCCAUGAAAUUGCAUAACUGAAGUGAACCUGCUCAACAAAUGGUUGCAACUGUGACUAACCAUGCUGAACUUAACCCUUCAAUUUUCUCCCUUGGUAGGGAGACAAUUGCUGAAAGAAUCAGGGCAUUGCAGGAACGUGUUCCUAGUGUUAACAAGACUGACAGAGCAGCCAUGCUUGAUGAAAUUGUAGAUUAUGUGAAGUUCCUGAGGCUCCAAGUCAAGGUAUCAUCAACUCUUUUACCUGUUUUCUCUCACAUUUCUUUUUCAUAUUUCUAUUUUUAAGAUGAUGUAAUUUUUUCCUUUCCUAAAGUUUCAUUUGUUGGUUUA